AUGGCCUCCAAGCUCCUCAGCCUCGUUUCCCUCUCCACGCUUGCCAUCCUCGCGGCCUCGUUUGGGCCCGAGCAGGUCACCGCCCUCUCGUCCCACGGCCAUCUCAACCGCCGUGUCGAGCAUCACGCUCCUCUCGCCCGCAAGAAGCGUGACUCCACCACUCGCUGCCGCGCCCGUGCCACCACCUCAAGCGCGGUCGCCACGUCCUCGUCCUCGUCUUCGUCCUCUAAGGCCGAGGCCACCACCACCAAGGAGGCCGCUACGACCAGCACUAAGGCCGCCGCUACUACGAAGACGUCGACUUCGAAGGCCAGCACCUCCACGGGCACGUCUUCGUCCGGUGGCGCUGGCUUCUCCAACGGCUUCGGCACCUCGGGUCACAAGAUUGGUCUCGCCUGGGGUAUGGGCAACUCCCCGUCUGUCCUCUCCAACUUCGUGACUGACCAUGUCGUGGCCAUCUACGACUGGAGCCCCAGCAAGCCCUCGGGCACUGACGAGCACAACCUGGUCUUCAUGCCCAUGCUUUGGGACGACGCUGGUGACAAGAUCUCGGCCUUCCACUCGGCCAUGAAGUCGUUCGACAAGAGCAACACCCUCAUCCUCGGCUUCAACGAGAUCAACGAGCCCGGCCAGGCCAACAUGUCCGGCGAGCAGGCCGCCGCCGUCUGGAAGGCCCAGAUCGAGCAGUACUGCUCGGCAGGUUUCAAGUGUGCCACGCCCUCGAUGUCCUCCCGCCCCAACGGCAACCAGUUGAUGCGCGACUUCUUCAACGCUUGCAACGGUGGCUGCACUGUUAGCCACAUGGCGCUUCACUGGUACGACACCACCUUCGACAAGCUCACGACCUACCUCGAGGCCUACCACGACGAGUUCAAGCUCCCUAUCCUCCUGACCGAGUUUGCCGAUCAGAACUUCAACGGUGGUGGUCAGGCGUCCAUGUCCGAUAUCUGGAGCUUCAUGACCCAGGUUAUCCCCUGGGUCGACAAGACCGAUUGGAUGGAGCUUGCUGCUCCUUUCGGUGUUAUGACCGACCUCCAGGGCGUCAACACCCUUAACGCGCUUCUCUCCGGCAACGCGAAGACCCCCACCGACCUCGGCUACUAUGUCAUCAACAACGGCAACUAA